UGGUUCUUUUUUUAAAAACAAAGCCGAGAUUUUAAAUAAUUUUUCUUUACUUUCUUAAUUAAAAUGAAGAACAUUGUUGAGACACCUCUCUCAUGGUUCACUAUCCUCCUGGCAGCAUUUUACUCCCUGCUGGCGAGCUGUCGAGGGCACGAGUGCGGCCAGGAAAAUCUUCUGAAGUGCGCUAGACCACUUGGAAAAAUUACAAAUAACAACAAUCUAGGAUUUGUCACCACUAAAAGCGAACUUCAAGCGCUUUGCCCGGAUUUGCAGUCGAGCAUGAAGUGCAUAAACUCUUACACCAAGAACUGCAUGCCGGAGAACCAGAGACAAAAUUUCAACUCGCUGUAUCAGGGCGUUAAUAUCGCGAUAAAGGAGCUCUGUCAAGACGGGAGCUAUCAGGAUGCUUUUCUAAAGCAUGCACCGUGUAUGCAAAAGGUCCAAACCGACUACGAGCUCUGCUCAAAGAGAUAUCAACAGUCGGUAAUUGAGUUGGAGUCCAAAAACACAACAAAAUCUUCAGAGAACGUUAAAUCUGUGUGUUGUGCAUUCCGUGAAUUUUUGGCAUGCUCGCAUCACACAGUCCGAAGGAAGUGCGGCGAAGAAACAGCAGAAUUCACAAAAGACUUUCUUGACCGAAUGUCGAACUCUCUAAUUAAGAUGCACUGCUCGCUCUACACACAAAGUGAGUGCAUUGUCUCCGGCGCCGCCACCACCUCCCAGGUACGAAUUAUCACCCAAUUGACGACGGUCCUUCUCCUAGCCAGCCAUUAUUUAUUCACGUAAAAACAACCGGUCCAACGCGCUUGGUCGUGUUGAGACGGAAGCAUAAGUGCCUUUGCUCUCCGUUGUUUCUCCAUAGACUCCACUCAAAGGAAAUAUUAAUUAAAUAUAAAUAUAUAUACUAAUUCAUCAUCAACAUUAUCAUUAUCAUCAUCAUCGUCGGUGAAUUUACAAGCACAGACGGUCUUUGUAAUAUUCAAGUAAAAACGUUACGAAACAACGGUUUUGUGACUGCAUAGUUAAUGAAGAUUGAAUGACUGAGCACCGUAUGUUAUAGAAUAGUUUUAAAUUUUUCCGUGUAGAUAAUAUUAUCAUACUGAGGGAGGUUGAAAAGUUUUAAGAUUAAAAUAGAAAAAUUUGGUUAAAUUUUGGGCAUUUUUAUAACAGUAUUUUAUUUAUUUUAUUUCUUGACAAAGAAUUUGAAUUUUAGUCGCUUGGAACAAUAUUUAAUAUUAUUAGCUAGGAAAAUUACGAUCAAUGUUGUUUUGAUAGUUAAAUUUCAAAUUUUAAACCAAAAAAAUUACCCCAAAAAAACCAAAUUUUUCUUUAAAAAAUAAAUUAAUUUUUUUAUACAUAUUUUAUGUUUUCGAUAUAAAUUUUUUUUUUAAUUGAUAAUAUCAAGAAUUUAUCUCAAUAUAUAAGCUAUCAU